AAAAAGGAAGGAAAGAAGAAAUAAAAAAGAAAGAAAGAAGAAAUAAAAAAGAAAGAAAGAAGAAAUAAAAAGAAGGAAAGAAGAAAUAAAAAAGGAAAGAAGAGAUAAUUGAAGAAAUAGAGAAAAGGCAAAAAAAGAAGAAAUAAACUAAAGGAAGAAAAGAAGAAAUAAAGCAAAAAAAAAAUAAAAAAAAGAGUAGUAAAAACGAAAAAUACAAAUAAAAACGAAAUAAACCAGAAAAUCAUUAAACGAAUCUACUAUUCAAAAAGAAAAACAUAAAAAAAAGCCAUAAAAAUAAAAAGCAGAAAAGAACAAAGAAAAAUACAAUUUAAAAAAUAAUAAAGACUUUUAUUUUUUUUUCAACCUCCACUAAAAAAAAAAAUUAUCAAUUUUCCCAAUUUUUCUUAUUAAAAGAAAAAAUUAAAAAAAAAAAAAAAUAAAAUAAAAGUGAAAAACGUGAAAAUUAUCAAAGUAAAAGUCCUCCCUACGAAUUUUCCCCUGACAUGGGAAAAUGCAGCACAAAGUCCUUGGCAUCAGGAUAACAAAUGCGAAUGGAUCAACGAUUGUUGAAAUAUUCCAUCAUCCUUGGAGAAGUGUAUAUAUAUAUAUAAAGUGUUAACCUGUUAAGUGCCUUGAGAAAAUCCCCCCCCCCCCUCAACCCUUCCUCCUGAGUGCGCCUACCUCCUUCCACUAUAUAUAUAUAUAUUAUAUAUACUCUCUCUCUCUUCCCCGGAGGAUUUGAUCCAUUAUAUUGUAUAAAAAAAAGAGAGAGGGAGAGAGAAACAGUUGAGUGUAUAUUACAAAUGAGAAAAAAUAUAUAAACCAAGUUGUACAUUGAUAGUUUGACGACGAUGUCAAAAAGGAGCAUUGAAAAAAUGAUCCUCGCGAGUGCUGUUGUGUGUAAGUGAUAAAAAAAAAAAAAGAGGAUCGAUUUCGAUCGAGUUCUAAAUAAUUAAAAAAAAAAAAAAAUUACUAAAAAUUAUUUUUUUCUUUUAUUUCUUGUUUUUAUUAGACGAGAAAAAAAAAAGUUAAAUAAUGUGCCGAUUUUUUAUAUUACAAGUGCGCGUUUGUAAAUAAUUAGUGCCAUUUUGGAUUAAGGUUAAUUCGUGAGAAAAAAAUGAUCCUUCACGUUUUUUUCUCGAUGCUUCCGCUGAUGGUUUUUGGCGCUCAUCAUUCCAUCUAUGUUGACGAUAAAACGCAAAACUAUCUGAUGAAAUUUGGGUACUUGCCUCAAAGUGAUCUAGAAACCGGAAAUUUGAGAACUGACGAACAACUCCGAAAUGCCAUUAAGGACUUUCAGAGUUUUGCUGGAAUUCCUGUUACUGGGGUAAUUGACAAAGAAACAGAAAAAAAGAUGUCAUCAAAAAGAUGUGGCUUACCGGAUAAACCAGAUCCGAGGUACGCUCACAUGAGGCGACGACAUAAGAGAUUUACUGUACAUGGACAAAAGUGGCAUUCACCAAAUUUAACUUGGAGUUUGAGGACGGAACAACCCAGUGGCUUGGAAACAGGCGAUGUACGUCUCGAACUAAGCAGAGCUCUCGCUAUUUGGUCGGCCAAUUCCAAACUCACCUUUCAGGAAGUUAACAGCGAUCAAGCUGAUAUUUUAGUCUACUUCCAUCGGGGUUAUCACGGCGACGGAUAUCCGUUUGAUGGCAGAGGAAAGAUAUUGGCUCACGCCUUUUUCCCUGGUGGCGAUCGCGGUGGCGAUGCACAUUUCGACGAAGAAGAAAUCUGGUUGCUCAAUGGUGACGACAGCAACGAAGACGGAACCAGUCUUUUUGCAGUGGCUGCCCAUGAAUUUGGCCAUUCCUUAGGCUUAUCUCAUAGUUCGGUUCGAGGUGCUCUAAUGUAUCCUUGGUAUCAAGGAAUUACAACUAAUUUUGAAUUACCAGAAGACGAUAGAAAUGGAAUUCAACAAAUGUAUGGUGCUCCGGAAAAUAAAUUGUGGGCUUAUAUUCCGGUAUUUCCACGACCACGAAGGCCAACGACAACAACGACUACAACUACGCCAAGAAUUACAACGACCACUUAUAGACCUUGGAAAACUCGACCUACGUGGUCACAUUAUCCAAACUAUUAUCCACACGAGGAAAGACCGAGAAGACCUUCUGAUCGUUACCCGGACUAUAGAAAUGAGGGGCCAGAUUAUCGACCACCAGAUCGCUACCCAUUUAAACCUGACUAUAGAACAGAAAGACCGGAUUACCGACCUCCAACUUCAAGAAAGUCACAUGUACACCAUCACACGAGGCCAACUACAAGUACAACAACGACAAGUACAACUACCACUACUACCACAACCACUACUACUACUCAUCGACCUAGACAUCACUGGACACCCCGGGUCAUAGACGACAUACCGCAUAAGUGCGAUACCAGCUACGACGCCAUCAGCGUCAUCCGGAGGGAGGUCUUCAUCUUCAAGGGUCGGUACCUGUGGAGAAUAGGGGAUCAGGGAUUGUAUGAAGGCUUUCCGGCGGAAAUCAGUCGACUGUUCAACGUGCCAAAGGACACUGAUCACGUGGACGCAGUUUACGAGCGUCACGAUAAAAAGAUAGUCUUCUUUAUAGGGAGAUUUUACUAUGUGUUCAGUGCGAACAUUUUGGAGCCAGGAUAUCCAAAACCAUUAACUUCUCUUGGUUUACCGUCUUCCUUGAAGAAAAUCGAUGGCGCUAUGGUCUGGGGUCACAAUAAAAGGACUUAUUUCUUCAGUGGCACUAUGUACUGGAGAUUUGACGAGUCUGUAAAUCAUGUGGAAUUGGAUUAUCCUCGAGAUAUGAGUAUGUUCGCCGGUGUUGGUAACGAUAUCGACGCUGUUUUUCAAUGGAAGAAUGGUAAAACUUAUUUCUUCAAAGGCAAAUACUUCUGGGAAUUUGAUGAUAUGCGAAUGAGAGUGGCUCACGAGAAACCGAAAUUGUCUUCAGUUUUCUGGAUGAAUUGCCCUUCAGAUGGGGAUUCAAACGAUAUAGACGAGAUACCAAGAAGACGAACCACCCAUUUUAAAAUCAGCUCGUCUUCUGUUACUUCGACAUCGUCUUUAUCUCUCAUUCUUUUAACAUUCAGCUUUAUUCUUUUUAUUCGAAAUCAAACGAUAAGAACUAUUUUAUAACGUUUAAUCCCCCCCCACACACAUCACUCUCUAAAUCUGAAUUAGUAAAAAAGUUUACUAAUUUGAAAUAAUGACUCACUUUUUGCUUUAGAAUUAGUUAAAUUUUACUAAUUUUUAGUCAAAGUUAGUAAUAAUUAGUAAAAUUUUACUAAUUGAGAAGCAAAAAGUGAAUCACUAUUUCAAAUUAGUAAACUUUUUUACUAAUUCGGAUUUAGAGAGCACGUAUAGUUAUUUUUUCAAAAUAACUAAAUAGUGGCAAUAAAUUACCAAAUCCAUUUAAUUUUUCAUUCUGAAAAAAUUUAUUUUUAGUGCAAUGUUUUAUUGAAAUUUAUUUUCAAUUAUCUGUCUGAAAAAAAAACGCUUAGAUUUAAAUAUCAUUCAAGACGUAAUUUUAAUAACUAGUAAAUUUAAAAAUAAGUAAAAGUUUAGAAAUUUUUUUUCGAUGUUAUCGAUAAAAGAUCAAUAAUUAAUGGAAAAAGCAUCGCAACAUUCCUAGAAAAAACAAAAACAAAAAAAAAUGCAAAAAUGUAUUUUGCAAAAAAAAAACAGAUCUUUGUCGAUUUAUUUGUAUACAGACGCACACUGAAAUUUAUUUAAAUACAAAGUUUUAUUUAUUAUUAAGACAUUUUUAAAGCACUAAAAAGGCUUUAAAUCAAACCUUCAAUUGCAUUUUUAGAUAAUGAAAUAAAAAACAAAAAAAAUGCAAAUAUUUUUGCAUAACCGACCACUUAAUAAAUGGCAACAAAUUGCCGUCAGUUUUAUAACUGUGAUAUUUUUAUAUAUUACACUUUAAUUCAAUAUAAUAAUAAUGGUUUUUUUUUUUUUUUUAAAGAAAUAUGUAUUUUUAGUUAGAGAUUAAAAUAAAUUUUAUUUAACUUUUUAAAAGACUAAAAAAAAAUAUAUAAAUAAUUGUAAGUUUAUAAUGAAGAAAUAAAGAAACGCUUUACAAAUUUUUGUACGUGAGCUUUGAAUGUAUAUAAAGGAAAUAAAAAUUUUCAUAUGUCUAUAAAUGUCAGCAGUUUUUUUUUAGAGAAAAAUAUAAUUUUUUAAACCUUUUUGAAUUAAAAACACAAGGAAUUGGAACACAAUUUAUUUUAUUUGUUUCUUAUUUUUUUUUUUUUAAAUAACAUCUUGGCAUGCGCAACAUUUUUUUUUAAUUUUUUUUUUUUUUUU